AUUAAAUGUGAAAUCACGUGAAAUUAUCCCAAAAAAUCUCAUAAAAUGAGCAAAUCCGUUUUGAAAUCGCCCAAUACGGAGCUAAAACAGUCGACGUUAAUUUGACAGCUCUCCUUUUUUUCUGCGAAAACAAACUCCACGAGCCAUCGGCUUUUGUGCUCGGAAUCACAGGAAUGAGAAUCAGCGUUGAGGUUGACGAGGCCGAAAACUAUGCUUAUGAUCUCCUGACAUCAUCCUGAGUAGCAAUAUACUUUUGCUGGGGCACUAUAUUGUAGAAAAAUAAGCAUUGGUACAGCCGGUGGGGCCAAAACAGCUGCAGCAGUAAAUUAGCCACGUCAUAUGUUUACGAAUGUGAAAGCAAAACAAAGCAUAAGUAAAGAAAGCGACUUCUAAAUGGAUUUUUGCUGCAUUAUAGUUUUAGUUUUCUAAGUUUUUCGAACAAAUUCGAAGCGAUUUUAAAUGCCGCCAACCUUAUCACGCCAUGAAUACAGCGGAUAUUUGUCGCGUGUGUAUGGAGGACGAUUGGGACGCGUUCAAUCCACUGUUCAACCCGAGGGUAGAUGUCCCGGUAACUCCGGAAGUCAUGAUUUCCGAUUGCGCCGGAAUUUCGGUCGAACAGGAUGAUGGUCUACCGGGAGUGGCUUGCACGGAAUGCCUGAAUGCCCUUCGCGAGGCAUUCAAGAUUCGAGAAGAGUGUCACAAGGUGGACCGGAAGCUGAUGAAGAUUUUCAACUGGAUCCGACCUGAAUUUUCAAUUGGAAGAGAUUCAGGACAUUCCGGAAAUCACUGAAACUCCCGUUGAGCACAUGAAACAGGAGGAAAUCCAAGAACUGCCGCAUUUCGAACAUGAAUAUCUAGUUGAAGAAUUAAAAGAAUCGAAUGAA